CCAGCUCAGCGGAGUCCAGAGCCAGCCAGCGACCAGCGGUAAGUUUUCGGGCACUUCACUAAAUCAAGGCUCAGGAAAAGCCCGAAAAUGAGUCACUUCAAGGAGCGUUUCGUGACUCUGCUCCAUGAGAAGAACGUAGUGACAGACCAGUUGGCGACGCUGGAGCAAAAAACGGGAGUAAAGAGAGAGUACAUCGCCUUGGGUGCUCUGAGUUUGAUCGGACUCUACCUUCUAUUUGGAUAUGGAGCCUCACUGCUCUGCAACCUGAUUGGCUUUGUCUAUCCAGCAUAUUUCUCCAUUAAGGCCAUCGAGAGCAAUGUGAAGGAUGACGACACACAGUGGCUGACAUACUGGGUUGUUUAUGGACUCUUCAGUGUUGUCGAGUUCUUCUCUGAUAUCUUCCUCUUCUGGUUCCCCUUUUACUAUGCUGGCAAGUGUUUGUUCCUGGUGUGGUGUAUGGCUCCGGUGACGUGGAACGGUUCUGAGAUCUUGUACAACCGUGUGAUCCGGCCAUUUUUCUUGAAACACCAGGCUGCCAUGGACAGCAUGGUCAGCGAUCUCAGCUCCAAGGCGAAGACCUUAACUGACACCGUGGCAAAGGAGGGUGAGAUACCAACAAUAUACAUCUGUUAACCGGGCCCUCAACCAUGACAAGGACCAGUGAGAAACAUGACAAAGGCUGUGCGUCUGUAUGUGUGUGUUUGUGUGUGUAAGCGUGUAUGUUUGUGUCGUUGAAAGAGUGACUGAAUGAGUUUCUGUGUUUGUUGUUUAGCUUUUGUUUUGCCCCCCCCCCCCCCCCCCCCCCCUAACGAAUGACGUUGAUUAACCCCUGUGUCAUGCGGUGAACUGAAGCUUCACACUCGUGAAAAUACAUAAAAGUUGCACAUCCACAUCAGUUUACUGCCAUCGGUACUGCUAAGACAAUCAAAAAAAAAACUGUGACCGUUUUUAUGUGAUCUUCUUUUCUUCGUCGUAGUGUGACAACAAUCCUGGAUCGAAGUUUAGUUGAUGUCAAAAAAUAGCAUUGCAUGCCUGCAGGUUUCAGCAACAAUAGCAGUGCAGUCGUUAUUUUUGUCAAAAUGAGCCAUUUGUGACCGAAAACCAAGGCUGACAACAUGACUGUUAAAAAAGAGCAUCUUUAAAUGUGUUCAGAAAACAACACUUUCUAACACUCCUAAUCAAAACUGGAACUUUAACAUAUCUUUAAUGUGUUCUCUCUCUUCAAAGCCUCGCUCUUGCAUGUUCAAAGCAGCAUUUAAAGUCUGUUUGAGCUAUCAGGAAGUUUCUUAAUCUUUAAUAUUAUCUCAAAGACUUCUGCCUUUUGAUAUGUCUUAAUUUAUCAUCUUCACAAUGAUGAAAUAAUAAAACUGGAACUAUAGUGAACUGAA